GUCUCUUUAUGUGUGUUUACGCUUGUGUCUGUUUAUACAUUUUUACACCAUAAAUUCGUUAAAAACCGAGUAAAAGAUUAAUAAAAGGUGAAAAAUUGCGUUUAGGUUGAUAGAUAAACACAUGAUCUCUUAUUAUUCGAAAUGUAAAACCAAAAAUCGACUUUCAACUUCAAAGGGAAAGGACUCUGCCUUUUCCGGAAAAUAAAGAUUAGUUGCCAAAAGCUUGACAUAAGCUGAAAAUGGCGCCACCGGACCCAACAACCCAGAUGAACACCUACAGGUCUUACGUGACCAUGUUAGGUGAUCCAAACUCAAAAGAUGAGUUGAAACUAAAAGCUGCCCAAGAGCUUUCGGAAAAUUUCGAGGUCAUCAUGUGCUCUUCCCAAUACCCAGGAUUCCUGGACCACCUAAUGAAGAUCUUCCUUAAGAUCCUCCAGGACGGGGAGCCACAUUUUAUAUCCGAAUACAACAUCCAGCAGGUCCGGAAGUUGAUUCUCGAAAUGAUCCACAGGCUCCCCACAAACGAAUACCUGAGGCCGUACGUGAAACAAAUCCUCAGUCUGAUGCUAAAGCUUCUAGAAACCGAAAACGAGGAGAACAUUCUAGUAGGCCUCAGAAUCAUCAUCGAACUUCACAAACAGUAUAGGCCAACCUUUAACCCAGAAAUACAACAUUUCCUACAAUUUGUCAAGUCCAUUUACAGCGAAUUGCCCAAGAACCUGCCAAAGAUUUUCGAACCAAGACCACCUUUAAAGGUGAACGAUUUAUCAGAGAUCAAUAUUGAAGCCCUUCUGAAGGAAACUUUUACAAUAACUGUGAUCCAGAGUGAAAAAAAGGCUCCAGACGGAACUGCAAUUACGUAUAAUCUGAUUCCCAAGGCUGUCCUUUCGUUGAAGGUUCUCCAGGAGCUUCCAAUUAUUGUCGUUUUAAUGUACCAGAUAUACAAACUAAAUGUACACCAGGACGUUUCGGAUUUUAUUCCCUUGAUCAUGAAUACCAUUACUCUUCAGCCUAGUCCCCAACACAGAGCAUCUUCCGGAUUUAACAAGGAGGUUUUCGUGGAUUUCAUGGGAGCCCAGAUUAAGACUCUCUCCUUUCUUGCCUACAUCAUCAGGAUCUAUCAGGAUGUAGUUUCUCAACACAGCACAAUGAUGGUGCAGGGAAUGCUCGGACUGUUGACACUCUGUCCGAUGGAAGUUGCUCAUCUGAGAAAAGAACUCCUGAUUGCUACGAGGCACAUCCUAGCCACCGAUUUAAAGACGAAAUUCAUCCCACAUAUGGAGCACCUAUUUAAUGAAGAAGUCCUUCUCGGUUAUGGAUGGACAACCCACGAGUCUUUACGACCUUUAGCCUACUCGACUCUAGCCGACCUCGUUCACCAUGUACGGAAGCAGCUCCCUAUCUCUGAUCUCGCAAGAGCCAUUCACCUCUUUAGCAAAAACGUCCACGAUCAGAGUCUGCCUACGUCUAUACAGACAAUGUCCUGCAAACUUCUUUUAAAUCUCGUCGAAUGCAUCACACUACGAAUUGACGCGGAGAAUGCCGCCCAGUGCAGAGAACUUUUGAUGCGAAUGUUGGAAGUCUUUGUCCUCAAAUUUAAAAUCAUUACAAAGUUACAGAUGCCGAUUCUGAUGAAUAAGGCCAAGACAAACGCUGGACUUGAUGUCAAGGCCGAGGAUAUCAAGCCCGGAAUCACAGAUGUGGACGAGAGCAAGUCCAAAUUCGGAUUCCCUCUUUCCCAAGUAGCAAAUUAUAAUGUCGCGGAUUACAGAAGUCUUGUCAAGACUCUAGUUUGUGGAGUAAAAACGAUUACUUGGGGGUGUGCUAACUGCAAGUCGAUUGAUGCCCUCCAUCCAAAGCAGUUCCAACCCAAGGAGACUUUGGUUUUCAUCCGAUUAGUCAAGUGGGCUCUGCAAGCCUUAGAUAUUUACAUGAUUGGUCCCCCUGCGAUGGGAGCAAUUGCCCAACCAAAUAGGCCAGCGCAAGCUCAGACUUUCAGAUCGAAGGAAGAAAAAGAAGUUUUGGAACAUUUUAGCGGAGUCUUUUCCAUGAUGAACCCCCAGACUUUUCAGGAAAUAUUUUCGACGACAAUUGACUACAUGGUGGAGCGUAUCUUCAAGAACUGUGCUCUUCAGGUCGUUGGGAACUCGUUUCUCGCUAACCCAACAACCUCUCCAAUAUUCGCAACAGUGCUUGUAGAAUAUCUUCUCGAAAGGAUGGACGACAUGGGAUCAAACGUCGACAGGAGUAAUCUAUAUUUGAGACUUUUCAAACUCGUCUUUGGAAGUGUCUCCCUUUUCCCAGCGGAGAACGAACACAUGUUGCGUCCACAUCUCCAUCAAAUCGUGAACCGCUCGAUGGAACUCGCAAUGUCUGCUAGAGAGCCCUACAACUACUUUCUGCUGCUUCGGGCGCUCUUCAGAUCCAUCGGUGGCGGAUCCCACGAUCUUUUGUAUCAAGAGUUCCUCCCUCUGCUUCCUAAUUUAUUGGAAGGGCUGAACAGACUUCAGUCGGGUCUACACAAACAACACAUGAAGGAUCUGUUUGUAGAACUCUGCCUUACCGUCCCUGUUAGACUCAGCUCUCUUCUUCCUUAUCUUCCAAUGCUGAUGGAUCCACUCGUCUCUGCAUUAAAUGGAAGCCAUACACUGGUUAGCCAAGGACUGAGAACUCUUGAACUUUGCGUUGAUAAUCUGCAGCCGGACUUUUUGUAUGAACACAUCCAGCCCGUCCGAGCUGAUUUGAUGCAAGCUUUGUGGAGGACCUUGCGCAAUCCCACUGAUCAAGUGGCCCACGUGGCCUUUAGAGUAUUGGGAAAAUUUGGAGGGGGCAACAGAAAAAUGAUGAUUGAGCCACAGAAAUUGGAAUACAACGACAGGGAGUCAAACUCCCCAGCCAUCAUCGCCUACUUCCAAGAGCCAUCAAAGCCGAUUGACUUUCCAGUGGAAAAGGUUGUCGAGACUGCCUUUACGGCUCUUAAAUCUAAUACAACUGAUUCGUUUUAUCGCAGACAGUGUUGGGAAGUCAUUAAUUGCUACUUGGCAGCUUGCCUAAGGCUGGAUGACGAUAGAGCGACGCUCCACAAACUUUUUAUGCAUCCCAGUUUCAAGGAAGGAAAGAUUCCGAAUCAGCAGGGUCAGUUUUACAAAAUUGGAGACGCUGUUGCUAGAAAUGUACAGCAAACAGCAUUGACAGGACUCUUUGUUGCUGCGGCAAUCAAGGAAUUACGACAGUCGGUUUUGGGGACAAUGGUGUCAUAUGUAAGGCACUAUACAAUGGUCGCGAUUGCCCAACAAGCUGGACCCUUUGUACUCACUGGAAGACACGGCAGAAUGCAUGGACAGGAUCCCCUUGUGCUGAUUGAUGCACUCGCUGUCAUUAUGGGACACGAGGAAAAGGAACUUUGCAAACCUGGACACUUGUCUUUGGUUUUGAUUCUCGAAACGGCGACAAAUAUUCUGGGGACAAAGGAACGAGCUUGUCAGCUUCCGCUAAUGGAGUACCUUGCUGAUCGGAUGUGCUCCCUUUGCUAUGAAAGAGCCUGGUACGCCAAACUGGGUGGCUGCAUCGCCAUCAAAUUUCUCUUUGAGAGAAUGUCGACUAAGUGGGUACUUAAUCAUCUUUUCGUCUUUCUCAAAGCGCUAAUGUUUGUCAUGAUGGACUUGACUGGCGAAGUCUCGAAUGGAGCAAUCGACAUGGCAAAAGCUAAUCUUGAAAAAAUGUUGCGGGUCUGUGUCAAUCCAGAACUACAGGAUCAGAGUACCGAAAUGAAGGAAGCACAAAACAAGAGUCUUUACGAAGUGACUCAUGAACUAGUGAGGCAAGUCACUUCUCCCCACACCUUGGUAAGGGAACAGGCAAUGUCCUCCCUUCGACUCCUUGCCGAAAUUCAAAACAAGACUGUAACGGCAGUGAUGGAACCGCACAAGGAAGUUCUUGUAGACAUGAUACCGCCCAAGAAACACCUGCUGAGGCAUCAACCAGCCAAUGCUCAAAUUGGUCUCAUGGACGGAAACACCUUUUGCACGACACUGUCACCCAGGCUGUUUACCAUUGAUCUUACAAUCAUUGAACACAAAGUUUUCUUCCAGGAGCUCCACAAUCUUUGCGAAACCGAAGACGCAAACUUGAACAAACUACCCUGCUACAAAUCCAUCUCAAACUUUAUACCCCUUAAGAAAUCUGCACUCCGGGCUCUGGCUGCUUGUCAUUACAUAACCGCCUAUCGAGAGAAAAUCUUUUCAGUUCUCUACAAGGCACUGGAGAAGCCAAACGCUGAACUCCAACAAGCAGCCUUUGAAUGCAUGCAGAAAUUUAUCGCCGGAUUUCAAAUUGACAUGGAGCUUGUUCACGCAAUCAUGAGACCCAUGCUCCUGACUCUGGGCGACCACAGAAACCUGAGUCUCAACUGUGUCAAGCGACUAUCCUACCUGACACAACUGUUUCCCAGCACCUUUAGCAUCACCCUUUGCGAGCAGUUGCUUCAGCAUUUAAAGAAACUCUUGGAAAACUUGAUACAGGCACACAAGGGAGUUUCUCGAUCUGGAGAGAAUGAACAAAAAAUUGCAACGAUUAUCGGAAUAUUCCAUCAGAUUCCAGCUGCCACACCAAAGUUUAUCGAUGUCUUAUGCCGACUUGUGCUUCAAACUGAAAAGUCACUUCUCGUCGAAGCUUCGAGUCCAUUCAGAGUUCCCUUAAUGCGCUUUUUGCUCCGCUAUCCUUCAGAAACUUUAAACCUCUUUCUCCAUGACAACAAUAUCAAGGAUCAACAGUGGAGUAGAUUCCUAGAGUUUCUGAUUAAAAACAAGGAAGGCAAGCCCUUUAGAGACGUGCUCCAAGGAAAUACGAAUCGACUGAUAGCGAUGCUGCUCGCGCAAUCGGACAAUAGUUCAAAUUUAAACUCCACAGAAAAGAGUGAACUUCAACAUCAGGCGAUAAGGAUCGUUUCGAUUCUGAUCAAGUUCGAUGAACAGUGGCUGCCAACCCAGACACAACUCGUUGCAGCAAUGAAGCAGAUUUGGUGCAAUGACGCGUACCAAGCAUUGCACAAGAAUGUUGAGAAAGUAGACUUUUGCCACUGGAAGGAGCCUAAACUCGUUGUCAAGAUCUUACUCCACUACUUUAAACACGAUCCCAACGACAUCGACCUUCUAUUUCAACUCCUCCGGGCUUUCUGCGAGAGAUUUAUCCCCGAUUUCCAGUUUCUGCGUGACUUUUUGGAAAACACUGUGGCUCAGGACUACACAGUCGAGUGGAAGAGGAGCGCAUUUUUCAGAUUUGUCGAGCACUUUCCCACCAACAACAUGUCUCAGGAGCUGAAGGCGAAGGUCCUACAGUACAUCAUCAUACCUUGUUUCGCAACUAGCUUUGAGAGAGGAGAGGGGAUGAAAUUAGUGGGAGGAGCCCCUAUGCCGUAUCAGGACAACCCAAACAAUGUCGUAUCAGCCUUUAUUACCAAAAUUAUCGACCCCGACAAUCCUUUCGGUUCUGCCGACUGUGUGAGGAUAUCUCUUUUGCAGUUUUCUUGUUUAUUGGUUGAGCAAGCAUCUCAGCACAUUCAUGAUGUGACAAACAAGCGACAGGGCAACAAACUACGUCGUUUGAUGACAUUUGCCUGGCCCUGUCUCUUGGGAAAGAACUGUGUUGAUCCCACAACUCGGUAUCACGGUCAUUUACUCUUGAGUCACAUUAUCGCCAAAUUUGCGAUCCACAAGAGAAUUGUUCUGCAAGUGUUUCACAGUCUCCUCAAGGCUCACGCCAUUGAAGCUAGGAAUGUAGUAAGACAGGCUCUUGAAAUACUGACCCCAGCGAUGCCGGUGAGAAUGGAAGAUGGAAACACGAUGCUUACUCACUGGACCAAGAAAAUUAUUGUCGAGGAAGGACACUCGAUGCAGCAGCUUUUCCACAUUCUGCAACUCGUCGUCAGACACUACAAGGUCUACUACCCAGUAAGACAUCAUCUUGUCCAGCACAUGGUCAAUUCUAUCCAGAGACUUGGAUUCAGUCCCACAGCGACGAUUGAACAUAGGCGGUUGGCUGUAGAACUUGCAGAGGUGAUUAUCAAGUGGGAGUUGCACAGAAUUAAAGAUGAAGCGGAGAAUGUGGAAACGGGAGGAACGGGAACAAUGAUUGUACCUUUCAAGAGAUUAUCAAUUGAUGAUCCUACGGGGAUGAAACGAUUAGCUACUGGAGGAAUGAGUUCUCCUCUUCCGAUAAUUACCCCCAAGAUGGAACCGGGAUCGACGAAACCAAUCGAGAGAGCACACGCUGAUGCCGUUUUAAAUUUCCUCCUGCGAUUAGCUUGUCAAGUAAACGACACGGCUACUACUCAAGGAAACCCGGGAGAACAGCUCUCCAGACGCUGUGUUAAUCUUUUGAAAAUGGCUCUGAAGCCUGAUGUCUGGCCGCAGACUUGCGAUCUCAAGCUUGGUUGGCUGGAUAAAGUUUUCGCUAGUGUAGAUAAUCCGCAGCCAAACUAUGGAAACAUUUGCACGGCUUUGGAGCUGCUAACUUUCUUGUUGGGAGUAAUGAAGCCAGAACAGAUUCUAGCUAGUAUGAAACCCUUGCAGAGAGGAUUAGGCGCUUGUAUAGCGAGUACAAACACAAAAGUGAUACGAUUGGUGCAUGGCCUCCUGUCAAAGCUGAUGGCCCAGUUUCCAACCGAAUCUACAUCUUCAACCGUCGGUUCGAGGUAUGAAGAACUCGACACUCUCUACACAACUGUUGGUAAAUUUAUCGCUGAUGGAUUAAACACCUACGACAAGAAUGCAAAUGCCACACCUAGUAGUUUGUUUGGAACUCUGAUGGUACUAAAGGCAGCCUGUACAAAUAAUCAGAGUUACGUUGACAGACUGAUAACGCCCUUUAUGAAAGUUCUUGGCCGAAUGACCAAGGAUCAUUUGCAACCGGUAACGCCAGAGACUAAUCAAGUGGGCAGUGAACUAUUGAUCCUGAGUCUUGAUCUCGUGAAAAACAGGGUUGGAGUCAUGGGUGUGGAUAUGCGAAGAUCGUUUAUUGGACCAAUCCUCGUUGGUCUGAUUGAGAAAACGCAAGACGUCAAGGUGAUGAAGGCAAUUACGAAGAUGUUGGAGGAAUGGAUGAAGAACAAGAACCCCAUCGCAAUGAAUCAGACACCAACUCUCCGGGAAAAGUCGAUUCUCUUGGUUAAGAUGAUGCACUAUGUGGACAAGCGAUUCCCAGAUGAUUUGGAACUCAAUGGUCAAUUCCUAGAGUUGGUUAACUUUGUUUACAGAGACGACACCCUAAAAGCCUCAGAGCUGACUUGCAAAUUGGAAACUGCUUUCCUCAAUGGUUUGCGCUAUGUACAGCCCCACAUCAGAGCCAAGUUUUUCGAAGUUUUCGACGGAUCGAUGAAGCGUCGUUUACACGAUCGGCUUCUCUACAUCAUCUGCAGUCAGAGUUGGGACGCAAUGGGUGCUUAUUACUGGAUUAAGCAGUGCAUCGAACUUUUGAUUGUUACAGCAAAUUCCACGACUCAGAUUCAAAUGUCCAAUCAGGAUAUUCUUUUGCCAAGUGCCACAGCUUUGAUAAAUAUGGCGGAUGGGGAGGAGCAUAAAAAUUUCCUGUUGUACACAUCCGUGAAGGAAGAACCGAUAGAUAUCGUGGAGGAUGUUAAGGAUGAUUUAAUGGAUCUGGACUUGUCCAAUGUUGACCCAGUUGCUUCGGAAGAAAUUGCAACCCGCAAAAAGUCGACGCUUUCUCAGCUGAUUGCCAAACAGGGAGAGUUUCUUGAAAACGCAAAAAAAAUCAGAACUGAGCAACUCUUGAUUGCAGCGGCACAAUUGUGUCACAUGGACACUAACCUAGCGGAGCAAGUUUGGUUGGACACAUUCCCGAGACUCUGGAGUAUUUUGGACCAACAUCAGCAGAAUACGCUAAUUGCAGAGAUGGUACCUUUCAUCUGCAGCGGAACUCACGUAAUUCAAAAAGACUGUCACCCAAGUGCAAUCGCUACCUUUGUCGAAGCCCUUGCGCAUUGCAAUCCUCCCGUUCCAAUGAGACCGGCGGUGAUGAAAUACUUGGGAAAGUCCCAUAAUGUCUGGCAUCGAAUGACCCUCAGUCUUGAACAAAUGGCGUUCGACAAUGGCAACAGCCAGUUUAAAGCCAAAAGAGAGUCUGACUGCUACGACUUUGAACCAGACAACAGUCCUCAUGCCGAGGUGCUGGAUUCCCUUUCUGAUAUGUAUUCGCUCUUGUGCGAAGAGGACAUGUGGUCGGGACUCUGGCAGAAACACGCCCACUACAAAGAAACUCUACAAGCGACAGCUCUCGAACAACAAGGCUUUUUUGAGCAAGCUCAAGGCGCUUAUGAUCUUGCGAUGACCAAGUUCAAACAGGAUUAUGUCAGCACUCCGGCUCCCUUCAAAAUGCAGAGGGAAGCGAUCCUCUGGGAACAGCACUGGAUCAGAUGCACCAAGGAACUUAACCAGUGGGAUUUGCUCUUGGAGUACGGGACCAAGAAAAACGAGAGAAAUCCUUUCUUGAUAUUGGAGAGUUCCUGGAGAAUUCCAAACUGGCCUUUGAUGAAGGAGGCGCUUACACAGGUGGAGCAAAACUGCCCGAAAGAGAUGGCUUGGAAAGUGCACCUGUACCGCGGUUUUUUGUCAAUCUGCCACAGCGAGGAUCAGCAUCUCAAUGCUGUAGAACGAUUCGUCGAGUCGGCUUCAGGUCAGUGUAUGCGCGAGUGGAGGCGACUUCCCCACAUUGUGAGUCACAUACACCUUCCUCUUCUUCAAGCCGCACAGCAAAUCAUGGAGCUGCAGGAGGCGAUGCAGAUUCAUCAGGGCCUACUCCACGGAAGAAGCUCUUCCCUUCACGACAUGAAGGCUAUCGUCAAAACCUGGCGCAACAGAUUACCUGUCAUUGCUGACGACUUGAGUCACUGGUCCGACAUCUUCACCUGGCGGCAGCAUCACUACACCUUCAUCUCCAAUCACUACGAAAACCAAAAGGAUCAGACUUCCAAUCAUUCAAUGCUAGGAGUUCAUGCAUCAGCUCAAGCAAUCAUCCAUUUUGGGAAGAUUGCGAGGAAGCACAAUCUCUGUGGCGUUUGUCUCGAUUCUCUCUCGAGGAUCUACACAAUCCCCAGUGUUCCGAUUGUCGAUUGUUUUCAAAAGAUUAGGCAACAGGUCAAGUGUUAUCUCCAAAUGGCAGCCAUCGCUGGUAAGAAUGAACUCCAGGAAGGACUCGAGGUCAUUGAAUCGACGAAUCUCAACUACUUUACGAAAGAGAUGACGGCAGAGUUUUAUUCACUGAAAGGAAUGCUCCUCUCGCAACUUGGAAGAUCAGAUGAAGCAAACAAGGCCUUCUCAGCAGCCGUUCAACUCUACGAUACUUUGGUGAAAGCCUGGGCUUUAUGGGGAGAUUAUCUCGAGAAUAUUUUCACAAGAGAUGCGAGACAGAUCUCGAUUGGAGUGUCGGCAAUCACCUGUUUCCUCCAUGCAAGCAGACAUCAGAAUGAAUCUAAAUCAAGAAAGUAUUUGGCCAAAGUGCUGUGGCUGCUGACUUACGAUGAUGACAAGUCAACCCUGAUGGAAGCGGUCGAUAAAUUCGCAGUCGGUGUCCCUCCAAUCCAGUGGCUUCCUUGGAUCCCUCAGCUGCUGAUGUGUUUGGUACGCCACGAUGGAAAUGUCAUUCUAAAUCUCUUGAGUCAAGUUGGAAGAAUGUUUCCUCAAGCUGUCUACUUCUCGAUCAGGACUCUCUACCUUACGUUGAAAAUAGAACAAAGAGAACGGUACAAAAGUGCCGAGCUGGCUGCAGGAAAGGCUCAGGAGGCCGAGGGUCGAGCUUCCGGGAAUGUUCAACAAACUGUUCCCGAAACAGGACCAAUCAGGGCGACGCCUCCGAUGUGGAGGUGUUCGAAAAUCAUGCACAUGCAGAGGGACAUUCAUCCGACGAUUCUGUCCAGUUUAGAGGGGAUUGUUGACCAGAUGGUGUGGUUUAGGGAGACUUGGUACGAAGAAGUUUUGAGACAGUUAAGACAGGGUUUAGCCAAGUGUUAUGCGAUCGCCUUCGAGAAUCGAGGAGCGGUUAGUGAAGCGACCAUCACGCCACAUACGCUCAACUUUGUAAAGAAACUGGUCUCAACGUUUGGAAUUGGAAUAGAGAAUAUUUCCUCGUCACAGAAUGUCAACAACAGCUUUGGAUCAGCGGCUUCUGAGUCAUUGGCGCGAAGAGCUCAGGCAACUGUUCAGGAUCCAGUCUUUCAAAAGAUGAAGGGACAGUUUACAAGCGAUUUCGAUUUCAGUGUUCCGGGCGCGAGGCUUCUGCAUAAUCUAAUCAACAAACUGAAGAAGUGGAUCAAGAUCCUUGAGGCGAAGACGAAACAGCUGCCAAAGUCGUUCCUGAUUGAGGAAAAAUGCCGUUUCUUGAGCAACUUCAGUCUGAAAACAGCCGAGGUGGAACUGCCGGGUGAAUUCUUGCUUCCGAAGCACUCGCACUACUAUGUGAGGAUCGCACGGUUCAUGCCAAGGGUGGAAGUUGUUCAGCGUCACAACACAGCAGCCAGAAGACUUCGGAUUCGCGGACACAACGGUCGUCUCUAUCCCUACCUGGUGGUAAACGACGCAGGACUGGGCGACGCACGACGAGAGGAGCGUGUCUUGCAACUGCUCAGGAUGCUCAAUCACUACCUGACAAGACAGAAGGAAACUUCCCGCCGAUUUCUCCACUUCACGGUGCCACGGGUCGUGGCCGUUUCUCCCCAAAUGCGGCUUGUGGAAGACAAUCCUGCCUCGGUCUCACUCCUCGACAUCUACAAAAAGGGCUGCACAAAGAUGAGAAUUGAGCACGAUGCCCCGAUCGCGAGAUAUUAUGAGCGAUUGGCGACUGUUCAGGCGAGAGGAUCGCAGGCGAGUCAUCAAGUGCUGCGGGAUAUUUUAAAGGAGGUGCAAACGACAAUGGUCCCAAGGACAUUGCUCAGGGAUUGGGCGCUCAAGACUUUCCCGGCUGCGACAGACUAUUGGACAUUCAGGAAGAUGUUCACUUUGCAGCUCUCUCUGGCUUGCUUCGCCGAAUAUGUUCUGCAUCUGACGAGGCUCAAUCCGGACAUGGUGUAUGUACAUCAAGAUUCUGGAUUGAUCAAUGUUGCGUACUUCAAGUUUGACGUGGACGAUACCACUGGGGAUUUGGAUGCGAACAGGCCCGUUCCUUUCAGAUUGACACCCAACAUUCUGGAAUUCCUGACGAGCACUGGUGUCUCCGGUCCCCUGACAGCCUGCGCGAUUGCAACUGCCAGAUGUUUGGUGCAACCAUCGUUCAAAGUGCACGCCAUCUUGCGUGCAAUUCUUCGGGACGAAGUGAUUGCCGAUCACAAUAAAAAGCAAGAUGACACUGACAAUGCUUCCCAGACACCAGCGGACAUGAAGGGAGAAGUUUUGAUAUCAAUGGUCACUCGUGCCGUCACGGCUAUCAUCUCAAGACUGAAUUCACUAGCCAAUUUCGACGGAACCGACAGCAAAGUCAGCACUCUUGUCGCCGCUGCAAAUAGCCACGACAAUCUCUGCCGAAUGGAUCCUUCCUGGCAUCCGUGGUUGUAAAUUUCACGAUCUUUGACGCAACAUCGAUCAGGACAAAAUAUUCGAUAAUUAGGGUAAUCGAUUAAAUAUCGAUAUUUCGAUUUUCGAUUGGUGAGAGAUAUUAUAAAUUCCGAUAUUUCAUAUCGAAUAUGGAAUGACAAUAUUAAUCGAUAAUUACUCUGUCGAAUGCAUGAAAGUAGAUAAACAGUUAGUGAGGGGAAUCCCAUAUUUUAUUUCGAUAUAUCGGUAAUCAUGUAUUUAAAUUCGAUAUAUAUCGAUUGAUCGGUUAAAAAAAAAACAACUCGCGGUAUAUCGAUAUUGCAUCAGUAAUUUCGUAAAAUCUAGACUCUAGACUAGAUAUCUCUAAAUAAUGAAGUCUAAUUAAUUAUAUAUUUACAAAAUUUUCUUAUAACUGUACAUUGAUGACGUAUUUUCGCAGUUUCCAGUUUGGUUUAUUGUACACACAAAAUGAAGAAGUUAUUUGGAUGCGCAGGAACUGUAUAUAAUUGAGUAAUGCUCUGAAUCUUGAAUCAGGGAAAUACGAUUAAGAAAAAAAAAAAGUUAUUAGAGGUGGAGAAUGUAAUUUGCAAUUUGUUGCGACUAUCAAGGAUUUUUAUUUAUAAAUCUUAUUUUUAUGAAUUGUAGGAUCGAUAAGACGGCAGUAUCAUAAAUAGACGUUUUUUCUAUAAAAA